CAGGGGGGAAGGAGUGGUCCAUCAGGCGAGAGGAAGCAGGGAAGAGGAUGGAGCAUGGGGGCAGGGCUGUCUGUGUGUGCAUUGGAGCAGAAGGGAGGCGAAGAAACAAUAAAGGGGCAUCGUGCAUUUAAAUUGGAGCUUUUUGGUUGAGGGACGCCUUUUUGCCAUUGCAACUUUAUCUAUAACAACGCCCCUGAGAGUAAGACAGAAGCAGUGAGAGUCAACACAGCCAGUGUGGCAUGCACAGAAGCACUUUGUGUGAAGAAGAAUGGCUCAGCAUGGAAAUAUCAGCCAUCUUCUGGCCGUACUGGAUUCCCCACAUCUGCCUGUCCUGGAAGGUGUAAAGACUGAGCUUAGAGAAAUCCUAAACUCAGACCGCGGGCCAGUGCAUGUAAAUACCUUGGUGGAUUCCUACUUGGAAACAAGUUCAGAGCAAGUCUUGCACGCCCUGUGCACUCUUCAAGAGCCGCACGACAAGCACCUUCUGGACAAAAUCAAUGAAUGUAUGAACAGGUCAAGUACCCGUCUCUCCGCUCUCUCACUCCUUGGGCAUGUGAUAAGAUGUCAGCCAUCUUGGAAACAUAAGCUUUCUCAGGCGUCUGUCCUGGUUACGUUGCUUAAGUGUCUUAAGAGUGACGCGGAUGUAGUGGUCCUCAUCACAGGUGUGCUAGUGUUAAUAACGAUGCUGCCAAUGAUCCCCCACUCUGGGAAGCAGUACCUGCAUGACUACUUUGGCAUCUUUGGUCGCCUUGCUUCCUGGAACUUGAAGAAUCCAGGACACACGGCUGAGAUCUACCUGGUCCACCUCCAUGCCAGUGUAUAUGCUCUCUUUCACCGCCUUUAUGGAAUGUACCCUUGCAAUUUUGUCUCCUUUCUGCGCUCCCACUACAGUAUGAAAGAAAACUUGGAGACCUUUGAAGAGAUAGUCAAGCCAAUGAUGGCACAUGUGCGCAUCCACCCGGAGCUAGUGACUGGAUCCAAGGAUCACGAACUCGACCCUCGGAGGUGGAAGAGGCUAGAAACCCAUGAUGUUUUGAUAGAAUGUGCCCGUAUCUCCCUGGACCCAGCCGAAGCUUCCUGUGAAGAUGACUACUAUUCACCUUCCAAGCAGAUGAGCUCUUACGUUCAGCAUCACUCCUCUGAUUUUGUUUCCAAUUCUUCUGUUGCUUUGCAGAGAAACUUUGGAACACCAACUUCUCGGCUGUCGCGCAUGUCAGGGCAGCUACCUCAGAUCUCGAAGUUUCAGUCCUCGUUUCUGGCAACUGAGCAGGUGACCUUCUGGAGCCCUGCCGUUGCUUGUGGCAUGACCACUCCCCCCCACUCCCCUGGAAUUGUUUUGGAGACACCUUAUACCACAGCCCAGACUCUCAACAGGACCUUUAACAUACCAGUCGAGAAAGGUGCCCGCCCAGAAACUGCCAUCUCCCCACCUCCCUCAUGCAGUUCAGAAGAAGUUGCUCAUGUUUCAGUUUCCACUGCACCUCCCAAAAAGGAGGGCAGAACCAAUCCCGCAAGGUCUUCAUUGUCCCGACAGCCAAACAUCACCCAAAGUUCUCAAGCUGUUGAUUCUCACAGCAGUAAAAGUUUGGUAACUUUAAGUGACCUUCCUGGCAUCUUGGGUGACCUGGAGGCCUCUUCUCAAGACAGCGGUGAGAAGGACCGAGAGGAAGAUGCCAUAUCAAGAGAGAUCUCAGAGAUCACCACAGCAGAUGCGGAACCUGUGGUGCCUCGGGGAGGUUUUGACUCCCCUUUCUACCGCCUGAAUGAGGGUCUCCCCAGCUCGAAGAAAUCCCAGCUGGCUGCCUCAAGUUCACAGGGGCAUAACCUGGACUCCAAGCCCCUGGCGUUGUCACCCCUUGCAGCAUCGACACCAGGUGUGGCCCAAUCUGGGCUCAAAAGGUCACUGGAUAUGCCUAAGCAAACCUUCACGCCUAUUGACCUACCCGGCCGAUACUCCGAGAAUCAUCCUUCUGGUCACCAGCAAAACCAGGUGUCUCUGGAGUCAAACAUUGUUGCCCCUAGCCCUUGCAAGAUUCCUGCACGCAAGUGGAUGGGGUUUGGGGAUGAGCAGCCCCCUGAUUAUGAGCACCUCUUCGAAGUGGCUUUGCCAAAGACCGCCUACCAUUUUGUAAGCAAGAAGACUGAAGAGCUUCUCAGGAAUGUCAACGCAGGUCAUGACAAAGUGAACUCUUCCUCCCCAUCCCCCUUGGAAAUGCUGGAUCAGCUCAUACAGCAUGGAGCAGAUGCCCACAGCAAACGGCUUGACCAAUUACCUUUGUUAAGCAAAUCAGCUGACUGGACUCACUUUGGAGGUGCUCCUCCACCAGAUGAUUUCAGUGUUCUCAGAAUCCAGCUCCUCCUGCUGCACAAUGAACUGCUGUAUGAGCGCUUCAAGAGGCAACAGCACGCGCUGCGAAACCGGCGGCUCCUGCGCAAAGUGAUAAAGGUGACGGCUCUGGAGGAACACAACGCUGCCAUGAAAGACCAACUGAGGCUCCAGGAGAAGGACAUCCAAGUCCUGAAGCUCAGCCUGAAGAUGGAGCAGGCCAAGUUCUGCAAGUUCCAGGAGGAACACGACAUGCUCAUGGCUCGGCUCCACAGCCAGAUCCGCCAGUUGCAGCAGGAACGGGAAGAGUAUUACAAUCACAGCCAGGAACUGAAGAUCAGACUGGAAGACUGCCACAAAAUCAUCGCAGGCCUGCGGCUGGAGUUGAACACAGCCAGCAGCAAGAUGUGUCACACGGAAUUGUUGCUGAGCCAGGUUUCUCAGAAGCUUUCUAACUGUGAGUCGGCCCAACAGCAGAUGGAGAUGUUGAACAGGCAACUCCUAGUCUUUGGGGAGAUGAAAGAGUUGUGUUUGAAACAGCUUCAGCACAAGCAGGCUGGCACAACUAAGGAAGUGGAAUGCCUGCAGAUGGCCUUUCAGAAAGAACUGGAGAAAGCACAUUAUUGCAUUCAGCAGCAGAGCCAGGAGCUGGAAGCUUCUCAGAAGCGAAUAGGCGAACUGGAAUAUCAGCUAGCAAAGAGGGACCACCUCUUGUUGGAGCAGAAGAAAUAUUUGGAAGAUGUUAAAAUCCAAGCCAGUUUCCAACUCCAAGCAGCUGAGGGCUGGUACAAAAUGCAGAAAAAUAUUACGCAGCUGUUUGAGGUGGAGAUAUUGAGUCUGCAUGGCCAAGUGCAGAAUGAACGGCUGUUGAAGAGCCGUGAAGAAAACAAGGUGGAACAAGCUGAAUCCAAUGAAAGCCCCCACAACAGGCUGCCUGGAGCAAAUGAAAGCAGUGCUGACCCUACUAUGGGACACAGUGAGGAACCGCUGGAAUGUAGCAGUGAGACUGAACUUCCCAGCACCCGGGGCAGCAGCAGCGAGGUGUCCACCCCUGAGAAGCCCAGCCAGCGCACUGGGCAGCUCAACAACCGCAGGGAGUCGUCUGCAUUGCUGGAGCCCUCCUCUGGCAGCGUCCCUCCCACAGUGGGCUCCUUCCCAAGCUCUGAGAGUUUCCUAGGGAUGAAGGCCCAAGAGCUGUUCCACAACAAGAGCAAGGGUCACUGCAAUGAGGAUGGGGUGGCCACUGGCAACGUUUGUGAACCUUUGAAGACCUGCAACGAUCCCAGCCUGGAGGUCACGGAGGCAGCCCAGGCACCCUCCCCUAGCCCCGAGGAACUGCCUCCCUCCCCCAGAACCCAGGACGCCAAUGUUGGACAGCUUCAUAUCAUGGAUUACAAUGAAUCUCAUGGCCAUAGCUAGAAAUGAGGAAAGGAAAAUCAAAAUCAGUAUUAACAUUUUCAUAUUUUUGGCAUAGAGCAGGGAGGUGUGGCUGCCCAAUUUAACUAAAAGCUUUUGGGUUUUGUCAGUCCAGCACCCUACCAACUUACACAGGCGGCAGUUCUUUUGUUGGACUUGUUUGCCCUAAGUGGAUUUAUGGGAUGGCUGAGUUUCUGGGUCUAGAAGUGUAGGUGAUCAGUCAAGGCCUUCCCUGAAACACUUCUGUCCCUCUUGAAGCCACUGUGAAGUACACACUUUGAUGCAGCAGCAGCUAGGAUUUCUCCAAACUUUUUGUCAACUCAUCCACUUUUUUCUUGCCCUAUCCCCCUGCUGAGAGGUUGGUUUAAGUGAACUUGUGUGCAAUAUGGAGCAGAGCCUCCCCCAGGGAAUACUCGGGGUGUACUCAUCUGGAGAACUAAGCAUCUGUUGUCUCCCCUCCUGCAAGCAGCUCAGGGUUACUCUUAUUGAGAAACCCUUGGAUUUGUUUUUCUCAGUGUUAUCAUAUGAUGGCAACUCAGUCUUUUCCCCGCCUUCAGCCUUCCCCCUCCCCCUCCCCCCCCACUCAACUUUUUGCAUUUUGUGCAUAGACUGGACUUCACUCUAACCGUGAAAUGAGAUAGAGUCCCCUCUAGCAUUGAAAACCAUACCCUCUUUCUCUCAUCUCCCCUCCCCACAAAUUUGCUUUUGUUGCUGGAUGAGAUGGUACUGAGCUGACCUCCAGUUGUGUGGGUGUUUAUUUUUCCACCCUGAGUGGAAAAGAAAGCUGAGGCUUUUCUGUUGGAAACCUGUCCUGUGGAGAUUUCUGGUUAGUACAGUGGAUGCAGAACUUCCUCAGCAAAGCAAAUGCCUCACCUUAGCUGAGACUAUUUUUUCUUUGUGUUUGCUGCUGUGUCUGUCUUAAGAGAAAAGGGUGAGCUGGUUUUUUUUCUCUUCCACCCCUUCCUAAGGAGUGGUAGUCCUGUUUCUCAUUGUCUGCCCAGAUGCCACCCUGGUUCCCCCCCCAAGUUGGCCUAUUUACAUUUCUAUUGGGGGGGAAUGCUUCUGAAUUCCCCCCUUGAUUUAAAAGCAGUGGGAUUGGCUAUAUUGUGUCCUCCCCCCUUGCAAACUGUCCCCUUGUGGUUCAUUUGCAAAAUGGGCUUUAUUUUCAACAGCAAAAGUACCCCUUCAGUUGAGAGAGCCUUCUCUCUUUUAAAGAGACAUCAUUUUUCACUAAAAGGGCACAUGAUCACCUGCCAGAAUCUCCCAGUAUGUUCUCUUCCCACUGCACCAUGGACCACAGAAAUUAUGGAGCAUUCAGUAAAUCUCUUGAAUCAUGAAUGCAGCACAUGAAAAGGCAAGGGGAUGCAGGAAGAUCCCGGUGGUAAAGCUGGAAAUUAUUUUGUUCCCUUAACAAACAAACAAAAAACCUGGCUGCUUUUAGUUAACCGUUUGUCAGAGAGCGAUUUCUCUAUUUAGAUUUAACAUUGAUUCCUGCCUUGCUCUUUGUAUAAGUAAAUAUUUUACAUUUAUAAAAUGUAAAAUGCCGUAAAUAAGAAAUUGUAAGUAAGAAAUGGUGCAAUUCAAGAUAAAGGAGUAAAUUAAAGAAGAAAAAAACCCAAAUGGAUGAAAAUUUGCUGUCCUUGCUAGGAUGUUGUAAUAUGUCACAGCAGUUCCUUGUGUUUUACUGUACUGUGAACAAAAAUAAAAAGAAUUCUUUUGUACUAUA